AUGUCGUCCGUUCUCGCUGAACUGGAAAAUUACUCCAUAUACGUUAUCCUCAGCCUUCGAGGCGCCGAACCGGGUUUCCAUUGGGGGAUAUUUGUCCCCACGAACAAGCCUCAGGGAGACGUAUGGCAUGCCGUCAAUCGAACCGGUGGCUGGAGCCUGGAAAUCAAAACAACCUCCGGCAUUCCAACUUCCAUAAGUCUUUGCCUUUGUUUCAAAGUCGGGACUGUCAAUGCUGAGACCUGGGCUAAACUUAAGGAUACUCUACAGCAAGUCCCAGGGAAUGGCCAGCCGUCGCCCAAUACGCAGGAGGCGUUCACAUGCAGAGUCUGGGUCAAGGAUGCUUUGCUUGCGCUUCACAAUGCCGGUGUUAUUCGUCUCACCAAGGCCAUUGCAACUAUCGAAGAGGAGGCAAUUAUGCAGGCGGAGGGUAACCGAGCCGGUGUCGAAGGGGGGACCAAUGGUGCUAUGGUUUGGAAUCGGACGGGGUUUUCAACUACAUCUUGA